GCGCCCCUCUUCUACUUAGCAGUGAGCGACUUCAGGGCUUUGCGCUCACAUUUGCUGGCGAAAAGCCCCCUUUUUAUUGUUUGCUACAUAUAGAUUUAUCUUCUGUGCUGGUUAUCGGAGUCUGUUUUUUAUCGCAUUACAUCCACGCUCAAUUCAGCCAGUCAUCAUGGCCGAUACCUACGGAAACGAGAAGAUCGCGGUCACCGAUGCACGGCCUGAGGCCACGGUUCUUUAUGGGGAAGAGAAGAACCAGGUGCACUCUGUCGCGGAGUCGACAGAGAAUAGCGACCGCCAGCAGGAGCCGGAGAAGCAGGGACGGAUGGCGCGACUCUUCACGUAUAUGAAGACGCGCGAGUUCUGGAUUGUCAUUGUACUUGGACAAAUUAUCGCUUUGGCCAAUAUUAGCUCAUCCACGUUCUCGUCCCUCCUCUCCAUGAAAGGCACCAGUAUCCCGGCUUUCCAGACAUUAUGGGUUUAUGUUCUCCUCAAUCUGGUUUAUUCCAGCAUUACCAUCUACAACUAUGGCUUCAAGAAAUGGUUUCGUCUUCUUUACACAGAUUGCUGGAGAUAUUUCAUCCUUUCGUUCUUGGAUGUUGAGGGCAACUACUUCAUGGUUCUAGCAUACCGUUACACCUCGCUGCUGAGUGCCGAGCUGUUCAGUUUCUGGACUAUUAUUGUUAUUGUCAUCAUCUCCUUCAUCUUCUUGCACGUUCGGUACCACAUCACCCAGUACAUUGGCGUAUUUGUCGCUUGUGGCGGGAUGGGUCUUUUGAUUGCUUCCGAUUACCUUCGAGGCGCCAAUUACCCUGCUGCAAAUCAGCUGAAAGGCGAUCUAUUUGCUCUACUGGCUAGUUCCAUCUACGCCUUCAGCAACCUGUUUGAAGAAUACAUGGUCUCCAAGCGUCCCAUGUACGAGGUUAUUGGUCAAAUGGGUUUUUGGGGCAUGUUUAUCAACGGCGUGCAAUGCGCCAUCUUUGAUCGUGGUCAAUUUAACGGCGCCGUCUGGGACGGACAAGUCGCCGGCUAUAUUGUCGGUUAUACCCUUGUUCUCUUCAUUUUCUACACUCUCGCACCCAUAUUGCUGCGUAUUUCUUCCGCGACUUUCUUCAACAUUUCGCUGUUGACCAUGAAUUUCUGGGGUUUGAUUAUUGGUAUUCAGGUUUUCCACUACUCGGUUCACUUCUUGUAUCCGAUCGCUUUCGUCAUGAUUGUUCUCGGUCUGUUUGCGUACUUUCUUGGAGAAGGUAAACUUGGUGAAUCCUUCAAGCCAUGGUUGGGAAAGGACCAGGAACUUGGUGUCGACGGUGUGGGAACUGCUCGUCGCGCAAAGGAAACUGGUCAUGCGAUUGUUUAAUCCUGCAUUUCAAAUUCCGAUCCAGGAAUUACUGAACUAGAGGUUCAAAGAUGUUUUCAACGUCGCGUGUGUGCGGAUGUUGUUACAGAUGUGGUGAGUGGGGACGAUAUUCCUUACUUAUAGUUAAUCAUAAUUAGAAUAUUCACUCGGUCUGCGGAGCAAUACUGGUGGAAAUAUCUUGAAUGAUUCAAUGCGCAUUGUCAUGAUUUGUCC